AUGCUGGACUGGAUCAAGGGGAACGAGCAAGAAGCACAGGUUACAGAUGACUCCAAGCUGCUAGAGCCCCCUGAGACCCCAGGCCAUGUCUUUGCGAUCCGUGCUUUCAAGAGCGCUCUGUUUGGCACUCCGGGAGUAGAGGAAGAUGAAGACGCGUCCCAGAAACAGUCCAGUCACCAACGAAGCAAGAGCGAUACGAUCAAACUAGUCCCAACGGAGAUCAACACCGACGUGAAACCAGACGCGACUUACAACCCCACGGGAUCUCCCACGAAAAGUAUACUUGUUACACCUGGAACCUCCUUGCGUCGUAAGACGGUAUCCUUUGGCGAGAGUGUCAUCGACAAUGAGGGGAAACGCCCUGGCUCGGCCAGUAAGCCAGCCAAAACUCCACCAAAUCCUUCCGGAACCCUUAGUACCCAGUGGAUGUCUGGGACAUCAGAUGGAAGUGGCAAGCCGAGGAGCAAACUCACCCAAACACUCAUGAAUGCACGCGAUAACGCGAACAAGAACUCCGAACCGGCCAAGUCCGAUGGAAGCACAGAAGAAGCGAAGUCCGUCAUAGGCUCUGGGUCAAAGGAUACUCUCGAAAAUGAAGAUAUCACUAUCAACCUGGAGGACCCACACUCGGAGUCAGGCAAAUACUGGAAAACCGAGUUCGACAAUUACCGUGUGAGGACCAAUCGAGAGAUCAAAAAAUUGAUCCAUUACCGGUCGAUUGCCAAAUCCUACGCUCGCAAGAAGGAUACAGAAGCUAUGCGGCUGGCCGACAAGCUGAAGGAAGAAGAAGAAAAGGUUGCCGAAAUGGAAAGGCAGGUAUCACGGCUUGCUUCUUCGAUGGUCGGGGAGGGAUCGACAGCCGAUAAGGAGCACUUGAUUCAAGACUUGACCAAACAAACCGCUCUUGCAUUACAAUACAAGCAGCAAGUUACAUCACUCCGCAACGCCUUGGAACGCCAUGAUGUCGUGGGUGAUGCAUCAAAUACCACACAAAAGAAGAAAGAACAACUGUUUUCAAAUGCCUCAACGGACGAGCUUCGCAAAACACAGCAAGAAUUAGAGCAAGCCAAUGCUAAGAUCAAGGAGAUGCAACAACAGCAGUCCGAACUGAGCACACUUCAGGACCUCGCGCAAAGCUCAGAAAAGAAAGCCCAAGCACUCGAGAAAGAGAAUAACACUCUGAAGCAAACGCUAGCUCGAGUGAAGCAGGAAAUGUCCAGAUAUGAAGGUCGACGGAAGGACAAGGAAACAAGGCUCAAGCAGAGAGAGACCAGGCUGGAGCAGCGUAUCCAAGAAUACAGAGAAAAGCUCAAAACGACCUCCCAAGAGCACCGUGCCUCAGAGGAGAAUUUGAGGAAUACAGCCGAUGCAGAGCGCCGCCACAUGCAGAAACAGAUUGACCUUCUGAAGCUGCGACUUGGUUCUACUGAACGCUUCCCGGCGUUACCUUCUACAGAGCGGCAAUUUCUAAGCCCUCGGAAAGACCACACGGGCGUUCAGGUGUUUGACUUUGCCGGUCAGGAUCUCACUGGCCAGAGUCUUGAAAACCCUGAAGAAGAGCCCACCGAAGAUAUCGAGCUUCCCCUAAGCCCGAGCCCACGGUCCAAAGUACGUGAUCCACGACCCACUUUACGCAGUACUGCAUUGAGUACACUUGGUACAAGGCCGAAUGCCCGGGAUAUGGCCGCAGACGACGACGAGGUCACACAUUAUCUAAACGAAAUUCUACUGAAGCCGCGGCACGAAUCCCAUAAUACUGUGUUGGAUGAAAUCCCUCCAUCCUCGCCUCCUGAUAUCUCGGCCCUGAAGUCGCUGAAUCGCACGUACUCAAGACGCCGACUCGGUGAAGGCCAGCGUGCCUAUCGGAAUCUGAACCUCCCCGCUGACGAUGACACUCGGCUGAGCGAUAUGAAGACACAACAUCAACGAACCCAUAUCAAAUCGACCCUCGAUUCAAUAUCAGGCAUUGCGCCUCGCAGCCGGUAUUCAGGGUAUACCGUUUCAGCGGGCGAACGCGUGGGCAAGCGGUACGGGUUGACUGAUGUUAAGCGUGAAGCUCUCUCCCCUGAACGAAUUGCUGCUGCCCAGUCACGGCUCAGGCAGAAGGACAGUCGUAAAGUCAGGGCAUCUGGAAAGGAGAAUGUUUGA